AUGGAUUCUCUUAUUUGUAAUUUUCCAAAGUGCAGAAAAGAGUUGGACACCUUUGCAUGGGUUACGUCAUGCUCACACAUAUUUUGUGACGAUGACGGAUCAGAACAGUUCAGUAAAGCAAUGAAAUGUCCAGCUUGUGAUACAGUUGUUUCUGGAAGAUUUGAUAUCAUAAGAGUUGAUUUAAAACCAUCAGAACAAUAUAAAUCGAUGGUGUUAGCGGGUUUGAAACCCGACAUAGUGAUGGAAAUUUGUACAAGAUCGCUGUCUUUCUGGACAUAUCAAACACACCAUGAGAAGUCGUAUCAAGAAUAUGUGGCAAAUAAAGCUAAAGAAAGAUCAGUACAGCUAGAGAACUAUUACGAACAGAUAAAUCAAUGGCGUACUACUGAGGUAGUAUUUUUAGGCCAAGGCCAAAAUUUGGAAGUACCGGCAGUCUUAUGUGACAACAAUGAAAUAUAUUUCCUCUUAUAUUUUCAGUAUUUUUUGAUAUUUUCAGCAGCUAAAAAAGAACUGGAAGCAGCAAAGAAGAAAUAUAAUGAAGCUUCAGAGAAAUUGAUGGAAAAGAGUCGCCAAAACCAGAAGCUACAGGUAUUUUGA